AACGAAGAGUUAGUUAAUGUGAUUAAUCUGUAAACUAGGCUUGUCUUUUGACAUCACUAGAACGCUCCAGAUUCCAGUUCCUUUUCGCGAUCAGAGAGACUGGAAUGGAGGAAAGAUGCGCGACAGCAGUGGGUGGGUAAGAGACGAAGAAAACGUUGAGCGCAAUCGUUGUCGGAGGGUAGAAGAAGGGCCUCGAAACGAGGAAUUGACGAGAGUGUAAAAAUCCCGCGAGGAUAAAACAAGAUUGUUCCUCAAACCCUGCGUUGUGUUGCGGUGAUUGGCAGACUCCGAGAACGAAUGAAAUUUGAGCUUCAGAGCGAAGGAACUCAUUCUGGAAGGCGAAAGAGAAGACAGCUGGAAACGUGAAAGGUCAAUCCGAAAGUUGGCAUUGUGACGGAAAGAUCUUAGACAAAAAGCUGUCAAAGCGUAGAAUCCUGAAAGGCGAAGCCUCCGGGUUUUGCUUAAGAGAACCGGUCGAGGCCAGAGUGGAGGAUGGGCUUGCCGGUCAGAGCGGAGACUCUUGAGGCUGCAAGGAGCGAAAGAAGCACUGUCGCAAUGCAGUGCGGGUCGUGUGGAGCGCAGUCAUGCGAACCACGGAACAACGGACCUGAAUGCGUAUUCGAGUAUGGCAAUUUGAGGCCUGAUGUCCCUGCUCCCAUCCCACUCUCUUCCUCGAAUCACACGAGAGCGUGGCUGCUCAGCAGUCGCCUCUACUCAUUCAACCAAGGUGGCUCGGAGCAUGCUGCUGUGAGACUCGAGGAAUCAGGUUAUGCAGUAUUAGGGUAUGUGGUGAAAGCUUCACGGGGGACUGGUAUCACUGGGCUGCUCGAGGAGAGCGAAAGGAGACAGUACUCUCGAGAUCUCUAUGAACAAGACAUCGUUGAGGUUUGCACAGAGACUGGAGAACGGGUGAAGUGUUACGUCUACCACCGCCCGGAUGUGGAUCGAACUAGGCCUGUCCAAGAUGGUGAUUGGUGCAAAAGGAGGGGCUAGUCACCACCAGCUAGACAGAAAUUUUAUCUUCCGUUUUAAUGUCGAAGGAAAAGCGCCGUGUGUGUGUUUCUCUGAAGCCGCUCACAAGGAUCUUAGAAUGAGUCAGGAUGGCUUCGUUGGCACAUUCAUUUAGUUUUGUGUUCCAACUUGGUGGAAGGCUCUUCGCUUCUUGACGGUCUGUUACCUCAUCGAGUAUGGCUUCACUCAACGGUAUUUCUUACGUCACCAAUCUUCAAAGUUGAACUUUAUUUUCAGAGCCGAUGCAGUGAAAGCGACUACCAGUAAUAUGGUGAGAUUUCAUAGAGAUAAGACUUUAAACGUUCUUCGGACUUCCGUUGGGGAGUAUGGAUUGGCUUAUUAGAUCCACAAAAUUAAUCUACGUGGAAAUUUUCCACAAUGUCUCAGCCUUGCAGCUUUGGCCUAUUUAAGAUACAUUCAGAUGUUUCUCACCGAUUGUAGUCUGUAAUGCGUUCAUGCUUCGUCCUCGAAGUGAUCUUGCGAAUAAAGUG